ACACACACCACAAACACGAGGGGCAUUUCCUAUAAUUCACACUACAGUAUACGGUGCCGUUCGAUCACUUUUUUCCUUUCUCGAACAAAACUCAAAAAAAAAAAAAAAACAAAAAAAAAACAGCUAGCCCUAGCUUUUCCCCCGUUUACUCUUUAGCCGCGUUUUCCGAUCUCGAUUCCCUUUUAUUUCUCCUUCGAUUCGAUCUCCAAUUUCGCCUCCACCUCUCCAAUCGAUGCGACCUUCCACCCGUUCUUGAUUUCCUGCACCGAUCGACCCCAAUUUUGUCCCUAUCCGUUCACGGUGUCAUUCCUUAGGGUUUGGGUCGUGGAAUAUUCUUGAUCUGUCUUUCCGAAUUAGGGAUCUGAGGAAUUAAAAUAAGAGAUUUUGUUUUUUAUUUGAUUUGGGUCCUGUUUCCUCCGAUUUUGUGUAUAUUAAUUUUGGCGUGUGUUUGAUUAGGGUUCGAUCCUUCAAUUACUUGUUUGGAUCGUCAGAUCUCGCGUCGCUGAAUCCGAUUCGGUGUGAAUCGUAAUAAUUGUCCAUCGAUAAGACGUAAUUUUUUUUGUUCUCGUUGGAUUCGUGAUAGAUCUAGGGUUAGGGUUUCCUAAAAUUGGGGCUUUUGUUGUUUACUUCCGAUUCAGCAGUUUGCGAUAUAAUUUGACGGAGACUGGUUUAAGCUAAUCAUGGUGCAGAAGCGUCCUUUUGAAGCUGAGGAAAUACUAGAGGUGUCCUUCAAACGCCCAAAGCAUGCAGGACCCAUCAAUCAGCUUGUUUCAUUAUCAGAACCUAUUUUUCCUGAUGAUGAUUGCCAUACCCACAUGGCUAAAACUUCAGAGGGCUGGUGUACACAAGGUAGUAGUGAAGGUAAUGAUAAGUAUGCUGGUGAAAUUUAUGGUGAGCUUUGUAGAGGGGCUGGGGACUCUGAAACAAGCUUUCCUGUAGGUAUACCUGUUUCUACUUGGGCCACCAGUAGCACAGUUGAAGAAGAUCUCCGAUCUGAACCACCUGAACCACCUGUACAUCUUGCUCUUUAUCCUGAGUAUUUAAGUCCAGAGCGACCAAUAAGGACAUUAACUCGCUACGAGGACAUCUAUUCCAUACUCCUUGAAGACUCUCCUCGCAAACUUGUAUCUGUUGGAUCUAAUCAUCAAGCUGAUGUUCCAGCAUGGGAUUUUUCGGGUGCCUCUAUUAGACCAAAUGCCUAUGAAGUUGAGGAAAGACUGAUGGGGACUUGUGUAAUACCUAUGCCUCACAUGGAAUUAUCUGGCGAUGAUAAUGAAGAGGUUGGAAAGGGCAGAACUGAUUGUAGCUGUGAAGACGGGGGAUCCGUGAGAUGUGUCAGACAACAUAUAGUGGAGGAAAGAGAAAAACUUAUAAAAACCUUUGGGCCUGAGAAAUUCACCAAAUUGGGGUUUGCUGACAUGGGAGAACAAGUGGCAGAAAAAUGGAGUUUAGCGGAUGAACAACUAUUCCACGAGGUUGUCUUCAAUAAUCCAGCAUCCAUCGACAAAAACUUCUGGUCCUAUCUUUCCAUUGUUUUUCCUUCACUAACCAAAAGGGAAAUAGUGAGUUACUACUUUAAUGUCUUCAUGCUUCGAAGGCGGGGAGAGCAGAACAGGAAUGACCUAUUGAACAUUGACAGUGAUAAUGAUGAAUGGGAAGGUAUUGAUGGCAAUGAGAUUGCAACUCGAGAGGAAGAUGAGGAGGACUCUCUUUCUGAGUCCCCUGUCUGUCAAGAUGAUACUUGUAUUAAUAAUUGCCACAAUAAUGACCUGCAAGAUUAUGAUGAGUAUGUAGCAGAUGAAAUUUGUGCUGCUAAUGGAACUGUAGAUAUUACAGAGAGAAACAUUGAUGAUGAUUCCAAAUAUGAUACUGUAGAGAUGCAUCACUCUAGUGGUUCUCCUUCUCCAAUUCAACCCCAAGAUGUAUGUGAUGAAAAAGUUAAUGAUUCAUGCACAUCAGCAAACACAGGGGUCACCUCCCGGGAGACCAAGGUUAAGACUGAGAAUGGUGAUCAUUGGUGUGGUAACUAUAAUGAGGUAAGCAAUGGUUAUAGUCAAGGGUAUGUUUUUGAGCCUUCUGAUGCUAAAGUGUGGGAUUCUGGCUUUGUGUCUUGCUCUAAAAAUAAGAUUGACUUCUUACCAACAUGCAACAUGAUAGAAGAGGUUUUUGGAGUUGGGCCAAGGCAAGACGUGAGAAGAGCUUGAGCAUCCUAGAGUGAAUUUCAGUUAGCAUUAUUUGCCAAGGUGAUGAGAUUUCGACUUUUCUUUUGUAUAUUUGACAUUAGAUUGAAAAAGUAACCUUCAUUGUAAAAUAGUAUUUUGGAAGGUGAUUAGGUUUUCGAGCCAUGUCUCAUUUAUUCUUCUCACGUCCUUUUGGAACUGUAAAAUUUCUUAUUCCUUAAUUUUAUUAUAGUUUCCGCUAUGGGGUGGGAUCUAAGGGGGGAUAAUUGGUGGAAGAAAAACCAUCAAGGUUGUAAGAGCAUCCAUUUCCGAACUGUCAUUUGGCAUUAUUAAAUCUUUAAUGGAAA